AAAGCCUUUGUUUUUGUUUUUAGAUUUUAGUUAAAGGACAGGAUGUCGUUCUGUUUGUAGUAAUUUCGUCAUUGUUUAGGGUUAUUUUUUGGAACGGGGAACAAAGUACCACUGACCUUCUUGGUAUCCUGUUUUAGGUUAAUAUUAGUUCUGAUCUAGAAUAUUUUUUUGCUAGUCUGGUAGCGCUAGCCACAUAGCCUGUGGAGCUAGCUUCAACGAACGUUUUCUGGUAAGACGAAGAGCAGAUGUAGUCAGAUCAGUCAUUCCUGUGAAAUCGUAACUAGAAGCAAUAAUCUUGACCGCUAAGAUUUGGAGCGCUAUCUUGAAUAUUAGGGGGAUGACAUCCAUGAUUUGUUAAUCAGUCAUGCCAUAUAGUACUGAAGGGCCUUAGAGUAGUGGUGAAAACAGAUGUUCUCCCUCUAUUGUACAUUUUGACGUAACGAGCCGACCAGCUGUUGUUAGCAGGCGCAGUAACAAGCAGAGUUCUUUAGUGGAAUAACUUAGCUGUGUUUCGCUUCGUCUGAUUUUAGCCACCCACACUGUGUUUAAAAGGAAUUUUUUUCUGAACAUAUCAGGGAAUAUCUAACGACGCACUGUUGGCGUAGCUUGUUUUUUUUCCCUUAGGUUGUAUCGAAUUGAGAGUGUUGAGGUAAAACACAACUGUUUUGUUUGAGUAAGGCAAUUAGCUAGCUUUUGUGUAAUCAUGUACGCACCCCCUGGAUCUACUCUCCCUGGAAACCGACGGAGGCGAGGUGGUACUGCGCUGCCUAAACAGCCUGAGCGGAGUCUAGUGUCCGCGCUCCCCGGAGCACUGUCGAUUACGGCUUUAUGUACGGCGUUAGCUGAGCCAGCCUGGCUUCGUGUACAUGGGGGUACUUGCCCAAGACAGGAGCUUGGAGUGGCAGACGUCUUGGGGUACAUUGAUGAGAAUCUCGUGAAGGACAACUGUGUGAACUCUCAGACCAUCCUGUUGUUGCGGGUGAUCGCUGCCUUCUGUUUCCUGGGCAUUCUCUGCAGUCUGACGGCCUUCCUGUUGGAUGUCUUUGGACCUAAACAUCCAGCUCUCAAGAUCACACGCAGAUAUGCCUUCGCUCACAUCCUUACAGUGCUCCAGUGUGCCACAGUGAUUGGAUUCUGCUACUGGGCUUCAGAGCUCAUCCUGUCCCUGCAGCAGCAGCAUAAAAAAUACCACGGCUCCCUCAUAUACGUCACCUUCGCCAUCAGCUUCUACCUGGUGGCCGGCGCCGGAGGGGCCUCCAUCCUGGCGACGGCCGCCAACCUGCUCCGUCACUACCCCACGGAGGAAGAGGAGCAGGCCUUGGAGCUCCUCUCCGAAAUGGAGGAGAGCAGCGAAACGUAUCCUGCCGACUACGACAUCACCAACCAGUUCCAGCCGCCGCCCGCUUACACGCCCUGAUCCUGUGGCUACCCCAACCGCCCUCAUCUCCCUUUCAACCCCCAAUCUAUAAAUACCACUGUUGGCCUCAGUGCAAAUAUAGACUCAAUAGACUGACAGAUUUCCAGUUGCCAUUUGAUAAAUAAUCAGCAACUUUACAUCUCUUGCUGGUAAACCUCCCUCCUAUGUCCAGUACCAUAUGUACAGUUAACUGAAGAAUAAUGUUGAUUUAUGGUGCAUGAAAAAGCUAUAAGGCAUCACUUUUGGAAGUUCACGCGGUCGCUGCACAAAUUGGAUCAUUUCUCGCAGUAGAGUGCAUGUACACGGUAGUUAAAAGCCCCAGAAUGUCCAACACGUAACCUUUUUCCUGGAGACAACAUGUAAUACGAUGCGGCACGCUUUACCAUGCACUAAUGUGAAACUCAGCAUGGUGAAUGCUGAGCAUUUUACCCUAAUGUUAUUUCAUAAAGAAAGGAAAUUACACUUUUUCAGAUUUGCCUCUUAGGCACUUUCAACUAUGAACAUAGAAGUAUAGAUCAUCAUCAUCAAUUCAACUCCUUUGUUUCCUUGUGUAGUUCUUUCCUUUAGUUACUGAAUAAGCCUUCAGAUAACAUUCCACGUGUAAAAGGUUCAAGUCAGGAGAGGCCUUCUCGCUCACAUAUUUUGCUCUUGAAAUUCAGCGGCUCAUCUUUAAUAGAUCUGAUUGCUUUCAGCUAGUUUGUUUGGUUUCUCUCAGAAAGCGUCUUCGCACUACACUGCUGGUUUUCUCGCUCUGACAGUGAACAAGAAGUACUGCAUGACCCUGUUAGGUGGAGUGGGUGAUUUUAUUUAAUUGGUUUCAGAUUGACAGAUAUGAUCAUGAAUUUUCUUAAUAUUGAAACUAAUGUAAUGAGGUCUACACUUUAACUGUGCCUCAGACAAAAUACUGUAUUUUUAUGUAUUUAUUUUGUUGCAUAUUUGAGGAGAAACAAAAUGUAAAUAUGAACCAUCUCUAGUCAUUUUUCCCCCUGUCAUCCCUUUGAAUUGAUUAGACUCAGACUUUUAUUUCAAUAGUCAGGUUUUUUUCCACUAUGUGAUAAACAAAAGAUUUUUUUUUUUUUUACAAUAAUUCUGCCCAACAGAGCUUCUAAAAGAACAUUUUGAGUUCCCAUGUUCCCAGGCUCUGUAUUGAAAUGCAAUUAAGAAGCUUUCUGGCAACUCAAGUGUUCAAGUUUGCCAAACUCGUUAUGGCUGUACACGUUACUCUCUUAAAUUUUGAUCUGUUUUUUUUUUUUUUCCCUUUUAAUGUUUGUGUUCGUGUGUUUUGAUAGCAACCGUAAGAUGAGGAUGUCAAGAUGCAGCAGUUGUGCAAUAUGCAUCAGUAAAUCAAACUCCAAAAAUUAAGAUCAAUCAUACUUGCUUCUUCAUUAGAUUUCCUUGUGCAGUCGCUGCAUGGUAUGACCAUUUGAUACCGUACUUGUGUUGAUUCUGCGGACAUUACGAUUGUGAGACCUGAUUGUAAUCAUGUACUGUUAAAUUCUGAAAUGCAGUUUGUGUUUUCUAGUUAUGGGGUGGUUUGUGUUAGAUUUUUUACAAUGUUUUUGCCUUUGUCUUCAGUUCUGUAUUAGUUCAAAUUUCAUUAACGUGUAAAAAGAUGUGAAUUAAAAUUAUUUGGUGGUUA